UGGAUCAUCCUAUCCACAGGCCUUAUAUAAACUACGUACUUACAUUCCUACAGGAACAGGAUAACACUCUCCUCUUACCACUUCCUCUGCUCCCAUCUUCUCAAUCUCCUCUCCAGACACAACCAUGAAGACAUCCUCAAACAAUCUGUUACUCUUCCUCUCCCUGUCCUUCUUUAUCUCAGCCUUAGCUUCCGACAUGUCUAUCAUCAACUACGACCAAACUCACACUAACAGCCUCAUCAGGACCGACGAUGAGGUCAUGACCAUGUACAAUUCCUGGCUUGUCAAGCACGGCAAGUCAUACAAUGCCCUGGGGGAAAAGGAAACCAGGUUCCAGAUUUUUAAGGAUAAUUUGCGCUACAUUGACAACCAUAACGCGGAUCCUGACAGGAGCUAUGAGCUUGGUCUGAACAGGUUUGCUGAUCUCACGAAUGAGGAGUACAGGGCCAAGUAUUUGGGAACUAAGAGCAGAGAGUCCAGGCCUAAGUUGUCGAAAGGGCCGAGUGAUCGGUAUGCUCCGGUUGAGGGUGAGGAAUUGCCUGAUUCUAUUGAUUGGAGGGAGAAAGGUGCUGUGGCUGCUGUCAAAGAUCAGGGCAGUUGUGGGAGUUGUUGGGCCUUCUCUGCGAUUGGUGCGGUUGAAGGUAUAAAUCAGAUAACUACUGGUGAGCUGAUCACCCUGUCCGAACAAGAGCUGGUGGAUUGCGACAGAUCAUACAAUGAGGGUUGCGAAGGGGGGCUCAUGGAUUAUGCCUUUAACUUCAUCAUCAAAAAUGGUGGUAUUGAUUCUGACCUGGAUUAUCCAUACACCGGCAGGGAUGGUACCUGCAACCAAAACAAGAAAAACGCUAAGGUUGUGACCAUUGAUUCCUAUGAAGAUGUUCCAGUAUACGAUGAGAAGGCGCUGCAAAAGGCUGCAGCUAACCAGCCCAUCAGCGUUGCCAUUGAAGCAGGUGGCAUGGAUUUCCAAUUAUAUGUUUCAGGCAUAUUUACCGGCAAGUGUGGGACAGCGGUGGAUCAUGGUGUGGUAGUUGUCGGGUAUGGGAGUGAAGAAGGUAUGGAUUACUGGAUAGUUAGGAAUUCAUGGGGUGCAGCAUGGGGAGAAGCAGGUUACCUGAAGAUGCAGCGCAAUGUGGGCAAGUCAUCAGGGCUAUGUGGAAUAACCAUUGAACCAUCUUAUCCUGUUAAGAAUGGCGAUAACCCCCCAAAUCCUGGUCCUACUCCUCCCUCCCCACCCUCCCCAUCCCUCCCGGACAACGUCUGUGAUGCUUACACCAGUUGCCCAGCCCACACCACUUGCUGCUGCUUGUACACCUUUGGGAAGCAAUGUUUCUAUUGGGGUUGCUGCCCGCUUGAGGCUGCUUCCUGCUGCGAUGAUGGCUAUAGUUGCUGUCCACAUGACUAUCCUGUCUGCCAUGUUUACUCUGGCACUUGCUCAAUGAGCACCAACAGUCCUCUGGGAGUGAAGGCACUGAGACGCACUCCUGCCACACCUAUCCGACGUCUUGACAACAAAGGAAGGAAGGUCAGUGCUUCGUGAAGCUGAUGAAAAUGGCUGGAUGCUGCAACUGGCAAGAAAACUGAAUUUGAUCAAAUGUCUCUAGAUCAACCGUGACAGAUACACUGUCAAUUGCUCGAUUGCUACCAUCUGCAGAUUUGUAAAUAAUGCCUUGCCUGUUUUAGCAUUGCACUUCAAGUUUCGAUGUUCUAGUCCUAUUAUUAUUCUGUAGAAUAAGAACCAUAUUCCUUUCAUGAUGAAAUUCAAAAAAGACAGGGUACCAUAUCAAUAUUGAUGUAAAUUGAAAGGCAUUCACCAUUAUGUUUUUCUGAUUUUAAUGAAAAAAGAGCAUUAUAUUGUUCAGUUA